AUGUCAAGUACAGCUGGGGCAAGCCACUUUUGUCUGACUGAUGAUCAGAAACGAUGGCUUGUGGCAGGAAUUACACUCAACAAGGUCCUUGUACCUCAGAUACGCCCAUUUGUGGAGCAGGAGGUUGAAAAGGAGUACAACACACUUAAGAGCAGUCACACCAUUCAUAUACAGACCAGACGUCAUUAUCUCAAAGCAUGGCCAACUACUUCUAAAGAAUUUCUUAAAUAUGAAAACAUCAAUGGCAAUGAUGGCCUUCCUAGGGUGAAGAUACAGGGGAAAUAUGUGUAUGACUACAAGUCCUUCAACUACCAAGUUACAUCUCAUGUUGACUUUGCAAGGCUGUUUGUGCAAAACUUCAUGGCUAAGUUCACUGCAUUUGAUGACCACUGUGAUGCCUCAGCUGUAUUACAGUUGCUUCUUCGCAUUCCAUCAUUCUCUACAGCUGUGCUAACUGCAGCAGAUAAAGUCAGAAAGACAAGGAAUGAUUGGGCCCACUGUGUUUUCAGCAAGUGUGAUCAGCCCAAUUUUUCAAGGAGCUUUUCUGACAUGGAACAACUGGUGAAGAACUUGGCACUAUCAGGUGCUGGGAAAAUACUUGGAGACCUUAAAGACUGGGAAACUAAAGGAACAGCUCUUUUCCAGAAUUCUCCUAUAGAUCCAGAUCUGUUACAACUGUUUCAGCAGGAGCUUAACUUUCUUAAAGUUUCUGUGGACACCAUGUGUGUGGAAAAUGAAGAAGACAAGACUAAGAUCAAGAAUGAGCUACGAACCAUUGAAGCAAGUCUGGAGGAGAUGAAAAAACGGGUGGAGAACUUGGAGUUUGAUGUUGAAGUUGUUAAGGGCAGAUUGGAUGAUUUCGAAGGACCCGUGCUUGAGAGGCUUGAGAACAAUCAGCAGAACACAGAUAGUCGCGUUGACCUUGUUGAAGGUAGCAUGACUGUUGUUAAAGGCGAACUGCUUCACCUGCAAGAACAAGUACAAGACCUGGUAAAAUCUAAAGGCUCAGACUUAACGAUUGCAUGCGCUGAAAGUCCCAAACCAGCUGGUCUUAUCUGUUUUUUCGGUAUGGCAAAGACGAUCGUAGACUUGUCUUAUAGGAGAGGGUUUAAGUGGGGGCUUACAAUGAUGGGAUUAUGUGACGAGUUUAUUCGCUGUUUAGCUCAUGAUGUUAAUCUACUUUCUAGAAAACCCAGUCAACGUUGUAGAGCUGAUCAGACGAGAUUACAAGACGCCGUAUUGUGUCCGUUCCCCUGGUGCGAGGAAGAUUUGCAAAUGGAACUUUCAGAGAUCUUUACUAAACUGCAGAUAGUUAGUAGGAAGAAAGAAAGGGCGAGGUUAACAAAGGAUAUUGUACAAAUGACGGGUGUCUUCAAUCCGCACCAACAAUGUGAAAAGCCAAGAGUGGUAUUGAUCGAGGCACCACCAGGAAUGGGAAAAACCACUUACUGCCAGAAGCUUGCUUAUGAUUGGUCAGUAAUGGACAUUUCACUUGAAGCUUCUUUUCCUAAAGUGGACAUGCUUCUUCGACUGAAUUGUCGUGAUAUGAAAACUAAUAACAUCGAGGAUGCCAUUGAUGAUCAGUUACUACCACUUGAUGCAGAUGAGCAGGAGAAAAAGAACUUCUUUCAUUUCAUGUGCCGCAAUCAAUCCAGAAUUUUACUAGUUCUUGACGGACUGGACGAACUACCUCAAGAUCUUUUUGAGGGAUUGUUGCUUUUGAUCAGAGGAAAAGUCUUUGCUAAUAUUUACCUUCUAUUAACAGCCCGACACGAAGUAGGAAUGAAAGUGCGGAAGUACUGUGACACAGUCCUUGAGAUUGUUGGUUUCACCAGCGAAGAUGCCGAGAGUUUCAUCAAGAAGUACUUUAGCAAUCACGACGAUCCAAGCCUUGCUGAGAAAUUGAUUAGCAGUCUAGAUACAUAUCCAAAGCUGCGUGAAUUAUCUGCAAAUCCUCUUAAUACAGCGCUGUUGUGUCUUGUUUAUGAAGAUUUGCACGGAAAACUUCCCCAUAACAGAACCGUGCUGUAUCGUGAACUUGUCUCUUGUGUUCUAAGGAGGUAUUUUUCAAGUAUGCAAAUCUUUUUGGACGACAAAAGUCUAAACGAAGAAUGUUCAGAUGACCUGAAUCAGUUGGGCAAGUUCGCUCUUGAUGCUCUGCUAAUGGAUCAAUUAACCUUCACUCCAGGGGAGUUGAAAAGUCAGUCAGCUGAAUUCUUCGGAUUCGGUUUUCUUUCUCGUGUAGCUAGUGCAAUUAAAAUGAAACCCAAGGCAACCUAUGCGUUUACCCACAAGACCUGUCAGGAGUAUUUUGCUGCAUUGCACCUGGCCCAGGAAUUGGCGACUGGUGAAAAUGACAAGGUCGCGCUGCUUGCUCAGCUUAGUCCUGUUGGUAAGUACUGGCAGGUGUGGGAGUUCGUCAUAACAAUUGCUGCAACCAAAAGUGAUGAUCUUGGUGCUUUGGUGGUGUCGAGACUCUGUGCUUGCUAUCAGCAGGAAAAACCCGAAAGAUUCUUGCUCGAUUUUUCAAAGGAGCUGGAUUGUAAUUUUAGCCAUGACGAUUCCUGGGACAACAAUGAAGAGGACAUUGUUGGCAUGGGAAGCCAUAACUAUGAAGAGGACUGCAGCUCUGAAAGUCAUCAAGAUGAUGACAAUGUUGAUAGCCACAAUACUGAUAGCGACGAUGGAAGCGAUCACCGUUUUGACGGUGUAAUUGCUAACCGCGUUUGUGAAGAUACUCCACAUGAUUGGGUUGAAUGUUCGCAAGCAAGAUGGCUAUUUCAAUAUAAAUCUGGGGUACCUUUAUUUGAACUUAUAAUUCAUACCAUUGCUCAGUGUGAAACUUCUGAAAGUGAACUCAGUCGUAGGCAGAUUAAAAUGGCAGCUACUCUAGCGCGCUGUCUUCCUUUGGAGAAAAUGGCAGUUGGCACAAUAGGUUGGAUCACGCUCACCCCACAAUGUAUCCCAGUGUUGUUGGAAUAUCUGAAAGGCAAUAGCCAACUGAAAGAAUUCGGUUGCUACGAGAGUUGUUGCUACGAGUUAAGUUCCGAUGCAAUUGAAUAUGUGCUCCAAUCAUGUAAUGAGCUCAAGCGCUUGUAUUUGUUCAACGAUUUAAGUAACUCUGAACUUACAUCGGCCCUUCAGAGAAAUCGUACGGUAACUCAUCUAAAGCUGACCAGUAUUGGAACCUGCCUAAAUGGAGCUGAAGCACUUGGCGGAAUUCUACAAUCAAAUCACACUUUGACCCAUUUGUGUUUGGCUGACAAUUAUCUAACUCAUGUUGAAGUGGAAGCGUUAGCACAAGGUCUCCUGUCCAACACUGUGCUAGUGUAUUUAGACUUAAGCGGAAACGCUAUUGGUGAUCAAGGAGCGGUUGCACUUUUCGCAGCAUUGGAGUCGAAUCGAAUGCUAGAAUACCUUGACGUAAGUUUUCAAAAUCAAAGUUUAUCGAGGCCUGAUCACAUGGAAUCUGAGUUUCUAGGUGAUGCAGGUACUAAGGCUUUGGCGCGUGCUCUCCGAUUCAACAAGUCGUUGACGUACUUAGAUCUUCAAGCUAAUAUAUUUAGUGACUCAGCUCCGGAAGAACUGGGAGAAGCUCUUCAAUUGAACUCCUCUCUGACACAUUUGUAAUUGAGGAAUUGUAGGAGCUCGGGCGCAUUUCGAAUCGGUGAUACAGCUACAACAGCUUUUUCAAAGGUUCUGCAGUCACAUCUCACCCAUUUGACUCGUUUAGAUCUACACGGUACCUCUAUGAGUUCAUUGUGUGCAGUAACCCUGGCAGAGGCUCUCCAAACUAAUCGCACUCUUGAGCGUUUGGAUUUGAGUGACAACGAGAUUGAAUGUUUAGGCGCCAGAGCCCUAGCACAAGCAUUGAAAUCGAAUCAAGGUUUGCAAUUUCUACAGCUGAGAAAAAACAAAAUUGGUGAUACAGGGGCAAAAGAGUUUGUGGACGCCCUACAGUGCAACGAGACUUUGAUCCAGUUAGACUUGAUAGGAAAUCCGAUAACUACGUCAGGAGUUGAAAGGCUUGAAGCAGAGUUUAAAGUUCAUCAGGGGGAGAAUGGCUUUUGUUUGGUGAGAAGGACAAAACCUGAUUGAGGCGUUCCCAUAGAUUGAUAAACAAAACACUCCAGAGAAAGUAUUCAAUUAAUCAUCGUAAGCAUUGCUUCCAGGAAAGCUACGAUUUUUACACUUUCAUCGCACAAAUGUAUAUAGUACUGAUAUCACGCACGAUCAGACAGGUCAAUACAGUUUUUAAGCCUCACACUCCUGCACGGGUGAUGGGGAACCUGACCACUGUUCGAGGAAGUAGCAUUUUCAGAUUUCGGUUCUGCUUUUUUGUAAUUGAAAUUAAAGACACGCAGUUUAACUGCAUGGUCGGGCCGUGCGUUUUGCGUUUGAUUUGAACUUGAUUAGUGAAAUAGAAAAUUAAACGUUCUUCGUGAACUAA